AUGAGUUCUAAUACCAAUACUCCAGGAAUGGAGCUAUUCGUCCGCAGGAUUGACGAGAAUGCCAAAUGGCAACCUCAUCAUGCACUUGUGCGAUUCGCUGGCGGGCCUGACUGGGAGACAGAGGGUUAUCGUUCGUUGACUUGGCAACAAUACGCCGAUGGCAUCAACAAGACUGCACACUGGCUUGACAAGACCUUUGGAAAGUCUGUGAACAACGAUACUGUUGCGUAUUCUGGUCCCAGUGACGUCCGAUAUGCGUUCCUGUUCGCAGCAUCAGUCAAGACAGAUGGUCGUUUCAUGAAGGAUGGACUUGAUGCGCUGCUAGAGUCAUCAAACUGCAAGAUUUGGCUGUAUUCCGAGGGAGGUGCAUUCAGCCCCGAGCCUGAGCUUGCAGCAUCUGGUAUCCAUGUUGAGCAGUUCCAAAGCCUCGAAUGGUGUCUUUCUGCUCAAGGAACCGAGCCCUACGCCUAUGAGAAGACUUACGAGCAGGCGAAGGACGAUGAGAUUCUCAUCAUCCAUACUGGAGGCACCACAGGUGCGCCUAAGCCAAUUUUCAUGAACAAUGGCUUCUGGGCGGCUGGAUGUUCAUCUGCCGGCUUGGCUCGCCGUCACUGGCCCAGGGGGAUAUCUACAGAUUCUUUCUAUGGCCGUUCCCUGAUCUUGGCAAUCCCAAUGAGGCUGCAGCCUGGCCUUGUCCUAAUCAACAUGUUUGCCGUUUUCUCUGGCACCUGUGUUAUCCAACCCCCUCCGGAUGUGGUCGGGCUUCCGCCAGCUAUUUUCCAGAAGCUUCUGCGUCUCAACAAGUCGCUUGAGUUCAUCACUUAUCUGGGGUCUGCUCUCGAUCGCGUUGUCGGAGACGCGCUGUGCGAACACACCAGGCUCAAUUCUGUCAUGGGAGCCACAGAGUCUGGCGGUCGCUUUUCCCUGCAUCCCAUCGACAGGAAGCUGUGGUAUAGCUUCCAGUUCAUCCCUGAGCACCAUGUUCGUUUGGUCAAGCUAGAGGGCUCUGGUGAAGCUCUGGGUGACGGAGAUGACUCUGAUGUGUACCAGAUGUUCAUUGACAGGCCACCUGACGGUGGACCAUCUAUCUAUCAGUGUGCCUUCUGGAACUACAAGAUGUUCAAGGACGUUGAGACGAUCGAUACGAAGGAGUUGUGGCGUCUGGUCAAAGACAGCGACGGCAGUACCCGAUGGGAAUCGGUGGCCAGAACUGAUGAUUGGACGAAGCUGAUUUGGAUGGCCAAAUUCCACGCUCAGGACAUCGAGACCAAAGUCGCCAGGUACCCUGGAGUCAAGCACGUCAUGGUUGGCGGUGCAGGGCGCAUUGCACCAUACGUCUUGAUAGAAGUGAAGGAGGAUCUGCUUGAGAGGAACCACGAAGAGCUUCUUGAUGAUAUUUAUGAGAAGACUAUUGUGGGACACAAUGAAAUUUCUGCGAAAGCAGUGGCCAUUCCGAGACAGACUGUAUUCUUGGCCAGCAAGGAAAAACCUAUCAAGCUGACUGUCAAGCAAUUGGUGCUUCGGAGGGAGGUCGAGAAGGAUUACAAGGAAGAGAUUGAGGACGUAUACAAGACGCUUGAGGCUGCAAGCAAUCAGACGGCAGGGGAGAAGUUCGUGCAAAACAUGAAUUAA